AUGACAAAGAAGACGGGAACCGGAAGUGGCGACAUCGAUGGAGCCACGUCCGAAUGGACUGAGUUACGAACCGUACUCGUGGGGAUGCAGACGGAAAAUACCGCUUCUAUCCAGCAAUUAGGUGACACGUCCAACCCGUCGCGCAAGGCCAACCUCAACAGCCGCUUCACCUUCCACCUCCACCUCACCACCGUCCACCUCGAGACCAACAACAACUCCAUCCACAGCAACAACACCAUCCUCGCGCACCACCGCAGCACCAACAACAACAACAUCCGCACCAACGACAUAAUUUUCACGCCGAGAAUGAAGAUGACCUCCAUCGGCAAGUGUAUUUUGAGGAUCUCCAGCAACGACACAACUAUGAUAAAAAGCUUUCGGGUUGAUAUCCCAGAAUUUCACGGAGGUCUCCGCGGCGACGAACUAAUCGAUUGGCUAGUAUCGGUAGAAGAAAUCAUGGAGUUCAAACAGGUUCCGCUCGACCGUCGUGUACCCCUAGUAGCAAUGCGUUUCCGCGGCCAUGCGGCCACUUGGUGGAAACAACUUAAGACAACUAGAUCACGUACGGGCAAGACACCAAUUAAUUCUUGGGUUAAGUUGACAAAGCACCUACGUCAAACGUUUCUUCCGCAUAAUAACGAGAGUACCAUGUAUACGAAGCUUCAAAAUUUGCGGCAAGGAACUCGUAGUGUCGAUGAGUACGCGGAGGAAUUUGCUUUGUUGUUAACUCGUAACGAGAUUAAUGACAGCCAAGUGCAACUUGUUUCUCGUUUCAUUGGAAGCCUACGGCAACAAUUACAAAAUUCAAUGGCUCAAUUCGAUCCAACUACAGUGGGUGAAGCACACCGCCGCGCAGCUUCGUUUGAACAGCAAUCUCGGACACCUAGCUGGCCGCAAUCUUCGAAUCGUAACCGCUCUCAAGAUCAGACAGGGAGCAGUACGCCGGCAACGAAGGAAGCUGGUGAUACCGCCAAUUCCGCACCAAAACCACCGGUGCAAGAUGAACAACAACUCCGGAGAUCAGCACGUCUCAAUGCUAUUAAAUGUUAUGCUUGUGGAGAAACAAGUCACAGACAGUCAGCUUGUCCUCAUGCAACACGCCGAGGGUUACUAAUUGAUGAAACAAUUGACGAAGUGGACGUUUACGACUCGCAAGAGGACAUUGACCUGCUCGAUGAUGAUGUUCAUCGCACCACCGGCGACACGGGGCACUUACUUGUAGUUCGCAGGACUUGUCUUACACCUCGUCGUCAUGAUGAAAAGUGGCUGCGAACGAAUAUCUUUCGUUCCACUUGUACAAUCAACGACCGUGUCUGCAGUUUUGUGAUCGACUCCGGCAGCAGCAAAAAUGUAAUUUCGGAAGAUGCAGUGGACAGAUUGGGACUCGUUCGUGAAGCACACCUCGCGCCCUACACUCUCGGGUGGCUCAACGACAAAGUGAACCUCCGUAUUUCUCAACGAGCAAUUGUUACGUUCUCUAUCGGUCCGCAUUAUAAGGAUCGUAUAUAUUGUGAUGUGGCUCCAAUGGAUAUCAGCCACUUAUUGUUGGGCAGACCAUGGGAGUUUGAUCGAGACAUCAUCCAUUACGGCGCAGAGAACACUUAUCAAUUCACUUGGCAUACUCAUAAGAUCCUACUCCUUCCAUCUAAAGACUCUCCUCCGCCUUCCCCAAUUCCCGCCCUGCCACCGCCUUCCUCGUCAUCCACACCGAGCAAGCCAUCUCUCAUCUGUUCGUAUGAAGCUUUCAAAUCCGAACUUAGCACGGAAGGUUUGGCACUGGCCUUAGUCCCCGCGUCUAUCUCGCCGCCUUCCCCCACCAUAAUUCACAAAGACAUUGCAGCAGUAUUAACGGAGUUUCUGGAUGUCUUCCCAACGGACCUGCCUAGUUCCUUACCACCAUUACGGGACAUUCAACACCAUAUCGAUCUAGUUCCAGGAGCAACACUACCAAACCGUCCUCACUACAGAAUGAGUCCUGACGAACACGAAGAACUACGCCGCCAAGUGGAGGAAUUGCUUCGAAAGGGUCACAUUCGCGAGAGCUUAUCUCCGUGCGCGGUUCCCGCCCUUCUCAUUCCAAAAAAGAUGGGUCUUGGUGUACGUGUGUUGAUAGUCGAGCCAUCAACAAAAUCACUGCCAGGAGAUGAAUGGAAAACAGCAUUUAAGACCCGUGAAGGAUUGUUCGAAUGGCUCGUCAUGCCUUUCGGAUUGUCUAACGCACCAAGUACUUUCAUGCGUAUCAUGAACCAAUCAUUACGACCAUUCAUUGGGAAAUUCGUUGUCGUCUACUUCGAAGACAUUCUGAUUUUUAGCUCCUCCAUGGAAGAACAUAUUUCCCAUAUCCGUGACGUCUUAUAUGUGCUUCGGCGUGAUCAACUAUUCGCAGCAAAACAAAAAUGCGAGUUCGGUGUUCCUGAGGUGUUAUUCUUGGGAUACGUCGUAUCUGGUAAAGGAUUAUCAAUGGACCAAUCCAAGGUCGAAACCGUGAGGUCUUGGCCAGUCCCUAUGACCGUCUCGGAGGUUCGAAGUUUCCAUGGUCUGGCGUCCUUUUAUCGGCGGUUCGUGGAUCACUUUAGUACCAUUAUGGCACCUAUAACUACUUGUAUGAAAGAAGGCAAGCUUCAAUGGUCACCGGAGGCAACCAAAGCUUUCGAACUCAUUAAAACGAAGCUGACGACCGCGCCUAUUCUUGUACUACCAGACUUCACCGAGACCUUUGAGUUGCAUAGUGAUGCGUCUAAACUAGGCAUUGGGGCUGUUCUCAGUCAACGGGGUCGCCCUAUAGCCUAUUUUAGCGAAAAACUGGCUGGUGCUCGCUCCAGAUAUAGUACUUACGACGUGGAAUUCUACGCGAUCGUCCAUGCUAUAAAACAUUGGCGACAUUAUUUAGUGCACCGCAAAUUUAUACUCUUUACAGACCAUGACGCCUUACGUCACCUGGAUAGCCAAGCUAAAGUCUCUGCCCGCCAUGCGUCCUGGAUCGCCUACCUCCAGCAGUUCGGGUUUUCAAUUCGUCACUAG